AUGAGAAGAAAUCGACAAUUACGUCUGUAUUGUUACCACGAUAAAAACUCUGAUAAAGAUUACUUCCAUAACCCUAUAACAAAUGAAAUUUUAUGGGUUCCUCCUGCAGAUUGCGUUAUUAUUAAUCCCGAAACACUUCAGCCAAUGAAAUUGGAACGCCAUAAUUUAAACCGUGAAAAAUCAUUUGAAAAUAAUGAAGCACUUCAGAUGUUAAAGAAUGUCAAAGCAAGAAACCGCCAAUCUUUAGUUCAUGAUAAAGUUAGAUACCGACGUACUGCUGCAUCGCGAUCUGAUCGUAAAUCGACUAUAAUUAGCAGCCUUAAGACCAUCCCGCGUUCAAUGAAUCAAACGGACACUUCUACAGAAGAUGUCCCUUUUUAUAUGCCAAAAGAAAUCAUGCGCGAUAGGCUUUCGAUUGAUGUUCGUCAAUUUGCAACCAUGAACUUCAAUCAAAGGACGAAAGGAUCUCUUUUCUCCAAAAAACUCAUUCCUCCUGACAAUCUUCUUCAAUAUUCAACUGAUUCAUCAGUUCUUCCGAUUCUCAAGCGAACUCCUGAGAAACUUACAAAACGAUGCGUUGAUAUUUUCAACUUAGUUUUUGAUUAUUGCAAACAAAAGCCGCAAGCACUUCCAAGUACUCUCGUUAAGAUGCUUAUUAACGAAAACAACUUCAUUGAUGAAACUUACAUUAUAUUAAUUAAGUUAAUUACGAAUAAUCCUUCGAAUGACGAUAUUAAAAGAGUCUGGGAUUUAAUUCUCGUUGUUUGUACAUUCUUUCCGCCAUCUAUAGGCUUCAGACCAUUUGUUAGACAUAUUGUCGCUGCUGAAGCCCUCGGAACAAAUAAUCAAACAAAUGCAAUCGCAAAAAUGGCUUAUAUUCGUCUCGCAGCUCGUUGUGAUUGCGGAGAGAUAUUCCCAGAGCAGCCAGAACAAUGGACAAAUCUAAUUCCAACCCAUCCUAUUACAGAUUUCUUUAUUUUCGGAGCUCCUCUUUUGGAAUUGAUUUACGCUCAAAGAAGGACAGCUCCGAAAUGCACAGUUCCUAUUUUCAUGGUCGAUUUCAUUAAGGAACUGUUCGAAGCCGGAUGUAAUACAAUGGAAGGAAUGUUUAGACUUCCUGGCAACCAAUCACAGAUAAAACUGAUGGUUGAUGAAAUCCAGGCUGGUCAGAAUGUUAUAAAAGGCGCAGAAUUGGCAGAUCUUGCAUCACUUUUCAAAAAGUGGCUUGCGGACCUUCCUGAGCCUGUUGUACCUAUGUCAAUGUAUCAGGACCUUACUGAGGCCAUAAGGAAUCAAACAAUAUUGGAAUUCGUUGAAACUUUACCAAAAGUCAAUCAUGAUACGCUCGGAUAUUUAAUUGGAUACUUGAAAGAGUUCAUUAAACAUGCGGAUGUUACAAAGAUGUCGAUUAUUCCUGUUUCGAUGAUUUUCGGAGCAAAUAUUGUCAGAAUUGUUUCUACUGAUCAAUACGUACUCAAGGAAAUGACAGAUAACGGUAAGAAAUUUAUCCAAUAUUUGAUUUCUAACUGGGAUACUAGCUUUAUUUACCCAUUACCUGAAGAUUAUAUUCCUCAUUAA